AUGAAGUCCGUGCAAAUAUCAUUCUUUGUACUUGUUUUGACAAUUUUUCGCGUAAGAAAUUCAAGAUGUGAUAGCCCUCUCGUUCUUGACUACUACAAAGAAACAUGCCCCCAUUUGGAAGAGAUGGUGCAACGCAUUGUUGAAAUUGCUGUGCUCGAAGAUCCUCGUAUGGCUGCCUCGAUGCUACGGUUGCACUUCCAUGACUGUUUUGUCAUGGGAUGUGAUGCAUCAGUUUUACUCGAUGAUUUUGGAAAUGUUAUAAGUGAAAAAGAAGCAGGGCCUAACUUGAAUUCUCUGCGAGGAUUUGAAGUCAUAGAUGAAAUAAAGUACGUAGUUGAAGAGUCCUGUCCUGCUACUGUUUCAUGUGCUGAUAUAAUAACCAUUGCUGCUCGGGAUUCAGUUGUAUUGAGAGGAGGGCCCGGGUGGGAUGUCCUUUUAGGCAGGAGAGACUCUCUUACAGCAAGCUUCAAUGGUGCCAAUCAGUUUAUUCCAGCUCCAAACUCCACUCUAGACAGCCUCAUAGUCAACUUUCAACAACAGGGUCUUGACACUGGAGACUUGGUUGCUUUAUCAGGCAGCCAUACUUUGGGAAAAGCAAGGUGUUUGAGUUUCAGGCAAAGGAUCUACGACUACAAUUCUGAAGAAAAAUACGGCUAUCAUGAGAGAGAUGAGGAGUACCUCAGUGCAUUACGAUCAUUAUGCCCAAGAUCAGGGAGGGAUAAUACGCUGGCACCACUUGAUCUCAAGACUCCAGCUAGGUUUGACAACCACUACUUCAUUAACAUCAUUGAAGGAAGAGGACUGUUGAUAUCGGACAAUGUGCUGGUAGACCAAGGUCUUCAAUGGGAAAUAAGAAAGCAUGUCUUUGCUUAUGCCUCUAAUCAAGAAUAUUUUUUUGAUUCAUUUGUAAACUCAAUGAUCAAGAUGGGGAAUGUUAAUGUGCUCACUGGAAACAAGGGUGAAAUUAGAAAGAACUGUAGAUUUGUUAACUCUUAUACAAUUUGAAAAGAACAAGGAGUAGGACUCAAUGUUC